AAAAAAAUAAAAAUAAAAAUAAAAUGACAACCCCCGAAACCCGCGACGCCGCAAUCCGCGAAGCAAAGCGCUACAUCCGCGACAUCGUCCGCAACGAUUGGAUCUUCGAGCCCUCAACUACCACGACAGGUCCACGCUUCCAAACCGCAUGGCCGAUCUCCGAGCGCGACGUUAAGGAAUGGCGACCGCGCGACUACGAAGAUUCGUGUUCUGAGUUUGAGCCCGAGAGUGAUGAUGGGGAUGCGGAGUUGGAGAGGGAGGCGGAGGGUUUGGGGUCGGGGCCGGAGGAGGAGCGGAGGAGGAAGAGGAGGAGGGCUGUUGAGGAGGAAAUUGGGUGGAACGAGGGGUUGAGGAUUUGGGCUGAGAGGAGGGAGGCGUGGUCGGGGGCUAGGACGAGGAGGGAGAUUAGUGAGAGGGAGGAGAGGUUGAGGGAUGGUGCGGCUAAUGGCACUGGUGAUAGUGGUGGUGGGGAUAAUGCUGCAACGGGUGUUGGUGAUGCGACGGAUGGUGAUGGUUCUGCGCUUGCUGCGAAGACGGAGGAGUCGCUUACUAUUACUGGGAGUGAUGCGCAAGAGGAUAAACCGCAACAACCCACCGAGUCGAAUAUUACGGAAUCAGAUCCUCUACCAGAAGACGACCAUCAGAAUCACGAAAUCCCCUCCCCAGACUCCUCCUCGACACCCUACUCCGUCGCCGACGAAUCCUACAUCCCCAUCGUCCCCUCCAUCCUCUCCGAAACAAACCCCAUCCGCGCCUCCAUCACAUCAAGCAUGUACCCCUCCAUCUACAGCAAAGUCAUUGUGCAAUCCCUCACCCCGACAGUCCCCAUCAACCUCGCCGACGUGACAAAAGCCAUGGUACAAGGCUGGAAAGCAGACGGGCAGUGGCCGCCGAAACCCGCCGCUACCAAUAUCGUCCUGCAAGACGACGCGACGGUAAAGAAGAAGGAUGACGGCGCGGAGAAAGAGACAAAGAAGAAGGGUGGUGUUGCAAGUGCUGUGCGCAAGGUUCUGCAUUUCUCAGGGUUCCAUCCGCAUCAUCAUCCGUUCCAUCGCAGGGGGUCGAGUCAUGGGAGCGGGCAUCACCAUGAACAUCCGGGGAGUCCGGGGCCGUCGAAUGGGAGAUAACGCUCUGUCUGUGACGGGG